AUGUCUGAUGCCGACUUUGAGACUAUAAGGCGUCUUCAGGCUGAGCGGAACGCUUCAGCCUCGAGCAAAAAAGGUUCUAAAACUUUCGACCCAUCCUCUCAACGAGCUGACGUUUCGACCAAGGCUUCCCUGACUGAAUCCUUCGAUACAACGCUUUACGAUCGCAAUGGAACCGACAAGUAUGCGGAAUAUAACACUUCCAUCCCCGUCGACGACGAAGACGAGGAUAUGGCGGAUGAGGGUGUCCGACUGACAGGGCAGUAUACGGCAACAAAAGAACAAAUGAACGAGUUUGCGGCUGGCAAAGGAGUCGAGGAAGAAGAUAUCCUCCUUGGGCGUGAGAAAUCCGCCAGGAUCUCGGAGCGCGAGACUGACUACCAGAAGCGGCGUUUUAACCGUGGCCCUCUUACUCCGACACGUGCCGACCCGUUUGCUUCAAAUUCCCAGGCGAAUAUAGAAGCCGAAGGCCAAACCUAUCGUGAUGUCAUGGCUCUUCGAGAGCUAGAAAAGGAGGAAGAACGAGUAAAAAAACUGAUUGCCGAGCAACAUAGCCAAGGCCAGAAAAAUGGAUCUAUUGAACACGAAGCGACUUUGAAGUUAAACGAGGCUGACAAAGAAAACGCAGAAGCAGGUUCAGCUGUUUCAGUAGCGUCGGGAAGGAAAAGGAAACAAAGAUGGGAUGUGGCCUCCGAAACGCCACCUGCUCCAGAAGGCGAUAAGCAAGCAGAAGCGAAACCGAAAAAAUCUAGAUGGGACCAAACGCCCGUUCCUAGUGCACCCGAAGAAGCUCCGAAACGCCGAUCAAGAUGGGAUCAAGCACCAUCUCUUGUAUCUGCCACACCAGUAGGAAAUGAGGGCCUGGCGACUCCGAUACAUCCAUCUCAGGCAGCCGCUCCUGUUGCUCCAUUGACUUUUGGAACUGAUAUUUCGAGUCGAAAUGCACCUUUGUCUGACGAAGAAUUGGACCUCAUGCUUCCAUCGGAAGGCUAUAAGAUUCUUGAACCUCCCCCUGGGUACGCACCUAUUCGGACUCCCGCUCGAAAGCUAAUGAGUACGCCAGCACCAAUGCCAAGUGCCAGUGGGUUUGGGGGUUUUGUGAUGCAAGAGCCUGAGAAUGCUCGGAUGAUGGGGAAGCAGCUGCCGACGGAUAUUCCUGGUGUUGGAGAUCUCCAAUUUUUUAAAUCAGAGGAUAUGCAAUAUUUCGGGAAACUCGUCGAUGGAGCAGAUGAGAACACCAUGUCUGUCGACGAACUAAAAGAACGAAAAAUCAUGAGACUGCUUUUGAAAGUCAAAAAUGGGACCCCUCCAAUGAGGAAGACCGCUCUUCGACAACUUACAGAUAAUGCCCGUCAAUUUGGUGCAGGACCUCUUUUCAACCAGAUCCUUCCAUUGCUCAUGGAGAAAUCAUUGGAAGAUCAGGAACGGCAUUUGCUCGUUAAAGUAAUCGACCGGGUACUUUACAAACUUGACGACCUUGUUCGACCUUACGUUCACAAAAUCCUUGUUGUUAUUGAACCUCUCCUUAUUGAUCAGGAUUACUACGCUCGUGUGGAAGGUCGAGAGAUUAUUUCUAACCUUAGUAAAGCUGCCGGCCUCGCCCACAUGAUCAGUACCAUGCGCCCUGAUAUUGACCAUGUCGAUGAAUACGUACGAAACACCACUGCAAGAGCCUUUGCUGUUGUUGCAUCGGCCCUUGGUAUACCUGCCCUCCUUCCAUUUCUAAGGGCUGUUUGUCGCAGUAAAAAAUCAUGGCAAGCAAGACAUACAGGUGUCAAGAUUGUUCAGCAAAUUCCAAUUCUAAUGGGAUGUGCAGUCUUGCCACAUUUGCAAGGCUUGGUGGACUGCAUUGGGGACAACCUCAGUGAUGAACAAGCCAAGGUUCGCACCGUAACUAGCUUGGCGAUUGCUGCUCUUGCCGAAGCUGCGAACCCGUAUGGUAUCGAAAGUUUUCAAGAUAUCCUUGGGCCUCUUUGGACAGGAGCAAGAAAACAGCGUGGCAAGGGACUUGCGGGUUUCCUCAAGGCUGUCGGAUAUAUUAUUCCUCUUAUGGAUGAGGAGGGUGCGAACUACUUCACGAGCCAGAUAAUGGAAAUUCUUCUCCGCGAGUUCUCUUCACCUGAUGAAGAGAUGAAGAAGGUUGUUUUGAAAGUUGUAUCUCAGUGUGCGGGAACAGAUGGUGUCACAGCAGCUUAUUUAAAGGAACACGUGCUCACAGAUUUCUUCAAAUGCUUCUGGGUAAGGCGCAUGGCGCUCGAUAAAAGAAACUACCGACAAGUCGUCGAGACUACAGUUGAUUUAGGCCAAAAAGUUGGUGUCAGCGAGAUUGUAGAAAAGAUUGUCAACAACUUAAAGGAUGAAAGCGAGGCAUAUCGAAAAAUGACGGUGGAAACUGUCGAGAAAGUGAUUGCCUCCCUCGGUGCGGCAGAUAUUGGCGAAAGGCUCGAGGAAAGGCUUAUUGAUGGCGUCCUGUUCGCUUUCCAGGAACAAAGCAUCGAAGAUAUCGUGAUCUUGAACGGGUUUGGCACUGUUGUCAAUGCUCUUGGCACUCGUUGCAAGCCGUAUCUUCCCCAGAUUGUCAGUACAAUUCUCUGGCGUUUGAAUAACAAAUCCGCAACAGUUCGUCAGCAGGCAGCCGACCUUAUAUCCCGCAUUGCACUGGUCAUGAAACAGUGUGGUGAGGACGCCCUCAUGGGUAAACUCGGUAUCGUCCUUUACGAAUAUCUGGGCGAAGAGUAUCCUGAAGUUCUCGGUUCUAUUCUCGGGGCUCUGCGGUCUAUUGUUACUGUUGUUGGUAUCAAUCAAAUGCAGCCGCCUAUCCGAGACCUAUUACCCCGUCUCACCCCGAUACUGCGAAAUCGACACGAAAAAGUACAAGAGAACACUAUUGAUUUGGUUGGUCGAAUAGCAGAUCGAGGCCCUGAAUCCGUUAAUGCCCGAGAAUGGAUGCGAAUCUGCUUCGAGUUACUCGACAUGCUGAAAGCUCACAAGAAGGGCAUACGCCGUGCAGCUAAUAACACAUUUGGUUUCAUUGCAAAAGCUAUUGGCCCGCAAGAUGUCCUCGCUACCCUGCUCAACAACCUUCGAGUGCAAGAACGCCAAUCCCGCGUUUGUACCGCUGUUGCCAUUGGUAUCGUCGCCGAAACUUGUGCGCCUUUCACGGUUCUUCCUGCCCUUAUGAACGAGUAUCGAGUGCCAGAGCUGAAUGUCCAGAAUGGCGUACUCAAAGCUAUGUCCUUCCUUUUUGAAUAUAUCGGCGAAAUGGCAAAAGAUUACGUUUACGCUGUCACUCCACUGCUUGAAGACGCAUUAAUAGAUCGUGACCAAGUGCAUCGACAAACAGCAGCCAGCGUGGUGAAACAUAUUGCUCUUGGUGUUGUUGGCCUUGGAUGUGAAGACGCAAUGCUCCAUCUCCUCAAUCUGCUGUAUCCUAACCUCUUUGAGACAAGCCCUCACGUUAUUGAUCGGAUAAUCGAAGCUAUUGAGGCCAUCCGCAUGGCCGUUGGCACGGGCAUUGUGAUGAACUAUGUUUGGGCAGGCUUGUUCCAUCCCGCAAGGAAAGUGCGGCAGCCAUAUUGGAGGCUAUAUAAUGACGCCUACGUUCAAGGGGCUGAUGCGAUGGUACCUUAUUAUCCCACACUCGAGGACGAGGGUUUGGCGAGGCACGAGUUGGCGAUUGUUCUGUGA